AGGGAGAGGGCGAGAGAGAGAGAGAGAGAGAGAGAGAAAUUAGGUUAUCAAAAUAAAAAGGAAGGGAUAAUAUAUAUUUGGAGGUGUGAAGAAGUGGGGAAGGUAAGGGGGUUUCCUUUCCUUUCCAUUUUGUUGUAAAAUAAUAAGAGAUCUUCGUAAGUAAUUUUGAAAUAUAUAUAUAUUUUUGUAAAGAAAAAUGGGAAGAGGAAGAGUAGAACUGAAGAGAAUAGAGAACAAAAUCAACCGUCAAGUUACAUUCUCAAAGAGAAGAAACGGACUCCUAAAAAAAGCUUAUGAACUCUCUGUUCUAUGCGAUGCUGAAGUUGCUUUGAUCAUCUUUUCCACUCGAGGCAAGCUCUACGAAUUCGGCAGUGCUGGUACUUCCAAAACAUUGGAGCGAUACCAACGUUGUUGCUUCUCUCCUCAACACAAUUUUGCUGAACGAGAAACCCAGAAUUGGUUCCAGGAGAUCUCAAAACUGAAAGCUAAAUAUGAAUCUCUUUGUCGCACUCACAGGCAUUUGCUUGGGGAAGACCUAGGACCAUUGAGUGUAAAGGAGCUCCAAAACCUUGAGAAGCAACUUGAAGCAGCCCUUUCUCAAGCUAGACAAAGGAAGACCCAGAUUAUGAUUGAACAGAUGGAAGAUCUACGUAAAAAGGAGCUUCAACUUGGGAACCUCAACAGGGAGCUUAAGCUCAAGCUGGAAGCAGAGGGACAAAAUGUUAGAGGAAUAGAAAGUUUUUGGAGCUGUGCAUCAGGAUCCGCCUCCGGGCAUCCCAACAACAACUUUCCAUUGCAUCAUCCUUUACAACCUGACCCUAUCGAUUGCCAACACCAACCCCUCUUACAAAUCGGGUACCAGAAUUAUUUCUCAGAAGAGGGGCCAUCUCAUGUCCAAAAGACCAUGACAUGUGAGACAAACUUCAUACAAGGAUGGGUUAUUUGAAUUUGCAUUUCAUAAGACAAAAUUCAACAACAAAAAAAAAAAAACAUAUAUACAACUUUAAUAACAUAGUAGUUUUCUUUUCCUUUUCUCAUGAAUGUUUGGACUACUUUAUUAUUAUUGUCUAUAUUUACUCUGUUUUAAAAUAUAUUGGUGUUUGUUUUGGUCA